AUGAAACGAUAUGCACAAACCCGUCUGUUCGAAAAAUCUGAUGCAAAGCAAGACGUGAUAAAUACAAGAAAAAAGGCAAAAACUCUCGAUAUAUCAACUAACAAUGAACAAAAUUUUAUUCAACUCGAGAUGUCCCAAGCUCAAGUGUAUUAUUAUCCUUCCAUUUUCUCCUUACAAGACUGCUUGAAAUAUUAUUCCGGCUUGGCUUCUCUUCCUUAUUGGUCUCGUCCAGUUUUUAAAAUAUUUGGACGCCAGGCAAAUGCAGCUCGACUCACUUGCUCUUUUGGUUCAACUCCCGACAAGGUUUACCGUUAUUCCGGAACUGCCGCAAAGGUUGAUUCAAUUGAAUAUCCACCUUCUAUAAAAAUUAUCCAAGACAAAAUUGAAUCAAUUUUAGAUACAAAAUUUAAUUUUGUUUUGUUAAAUUGGUACCAAAAUGGUAAUGAUUAUAUUGGCGCUCAUUCAGAUGAUGAAGGAGGCCUUGUACCUCAAGGAGUCAUUGCUUGUGUUAGUUUUGGUGCACCAAGAACUUUUAAAUUUCAAAAUAAAUCUGACAAAAAGUUAGUGAAUAAGAUAGUACUUGAAAAUGGAUCAUUGAUUGUUAUGAAAGGAACAACUCAACAAUUUUGGAAACACUUAAUUCCAAAAGAAAAAAUUAUUAAAGAUGGUAGAAUCAGUUUAACUUUUAGACAGCUUAAAUGA